AUGUUAGAGGAGGCUGUGCUUGCUGGAAAGGCAGUGCAGCUGUGGGAGUUGCCAGCCUGUUUGCACACUAACGAGCAGUUGCUGCGUGAUUUCUUUGCACGUCACUUUAACCGAACCGCCGCAGCUCGCAUAAAAACUGUGGUGUUCAGCAACAAUAGUGGGAGUGUCGCGGAGAGAAGGACCGGUGGGCCACCUCGAGUGGGGGGCGAGGCCACAGUUGAGUUUUUUGAACCUGAGGGAGUUGAGUUGGUGUUGUCCCGGAUCAUCCAGCACGAGCUCGUCGAGCAGGACGGGUCCCACCAUGUGGAGUUGAGGCGGGGGUUUAUUUAUUUGGGUCAAGACCGCAUGCUGGUGGAGGGCGUCGUACAUCUUCUGCGGUCAUCGUCGGCGGAGGCUAACACCUUGCACGAAAACAAUUCAUAUGCCGCACCACGGAAAGGCGGAAAGAAGCCACGUGUAAAGGGAGGGGACCAUGUUGCUGAGGCCGAUGCUGCUACAACCCAUACGCCUGUUGAUGUCGCUGAUGAGAGGCGCAAAAGCAAUAAAACAUUUUCGGGGAGCGGUGGGAUGAGCAGUGAAUCGGAGGAAGAGGAGGAGGAAGGAGCGGAAAAGAAUGAUGACGAUUGUAGUGAUCAGGAUGGGAAUGAGAAAGCUGAAGGCGGGUGCCAAAGUGCAAAAAGAAGCGUCGAAUUCCAGCGGCAAACGCGUUCCGUGGGCGAGGUAGAUGCUGUGGUGCUUUGCAUGACAUUUGUGUGCGUCUUUGAUUGCCAUCAGCAAGGUGGUGGUGGUCGGUCACGUCACGACGAUGAGGCUGACACUGGCAUUACUACGCACGUCGUAUUCCAGCUCUUGAGGGGUACCUGUUUUGUCAGGAAGGUUGUCAUAUUUAACCGCGAGGAUCUGCGCGAGAGCGGCAGCGCUGAGAAGCGUCGGAUAGUUCGCGCUCUCGUUGAGGUGGGCGAGGAAGAGGUUGCAAAGCGGGUGGAGGAGGAGUUUCACGGAGCAACACUGGAGUUGAUGCGCUCGGGGUCGCGGGGGGAGGAGGUGGAGUACCGUCACCGCAUAUAUGCGCGGUAUAAGGAUGACCCGCGCACGCACCGACAGCUUGCUGUGCCUCUGAACACACAAACGGCGCUCAGCGUCACACCGCGGAACAUUGCCAUGAUGGGACCUGUGUUUCGGCGCGAGAGAUGUGAUCGUGAGGCACCUGAAAAGGGCGACAUGUCGCGGGAGGCACCAAGCGAGAACGGUGCAGCGGCCCACAACAGGCAACAAGAGCAAGAACACUACAAUCAAUAUUAUUAUCAUCGGGACGAUAGUAAUAUGGUGAGAGGUAAUGAUAAUAAUGGGGGGGACCAGGCCACCAAUAGAAGACGGCGUGAGAGGUCAGGUGGGGAGAGACAUCGGCGCCGCUCUAGGCGACGUUCAAACGACCGAGAGGAUUCGGCGAGACGCCGUCGCCAAAGUCGUGAGCGCUACAAUCAUCGUCAACACACCCAUGAUGAUGAGGAGAGGCGAGUUGAUCGCCACGGUGCACCCGCCGUGGCGGACAACGGUGUACGACGGCCAGGGACAACGUCCAGCAGCACCUUCGAACACCACCAUCAACUCUGGCGACAGUGGCAGCUGCAAAAGCAGCAAGAGUUGGAACUACAGAAGAAAACUGAGCCGUAUGCCUCCUCACGCGUGUCCCCUCAUGGGAGUGCGGGAGACACUCUAACCCAACACCCGGACGUGAAGGACCCAUUGCCCCACGGAUGGCGAGCCGUUUACUCGGAUGAACAUAAGCGAUACUACUACGUGCACCGCGACUCAGUGACGGGAGUGGAAAUCUCUUCUUGGACGGUUGCACGCAUGCCAUGA